AUGGUAAAAUUAACAUCUGAUCUAAUUGCAAAACAAACACCAGGUCAUAAUAAACGACGUGCUGAUGAAACAGUUGAACAUUAUCUUUCACGUCUUACACAUUUACCAUUUCAAAAUCGAGGCAUUGAUUCAAUUGAUGUGAUUCCACCUUGUCGUCUAUUAACUGUAAUCUAUCUUUAUGAUAAUAUAAUAAAUAAAAUUGAAAAUAUAAAUUUCGCUGAAAAUUUAACAUAUCUUUAUUUACAAAAUAAUCGUAUACAAAAAUUAGAAAAUCUUGAUUAUUGUUCAAAAUUACAAAAAUUAUAUAUUGGUGGCAAUCAAAUACAAGUACUUGAAGGUCUUGAUAAAUGUAUUUAUUUGACAGAAAUCUAUGCUGAAAAUCAACAUUUACCUGAAGGUGAAAAACUUGUUUUUGAACCACGAACUUUACAAUGUUUAUCGAAUGUUCUUGAAAUUCUAAAUGUUAGUGGCAAUAAUUUAGAUUCUUUAGUUGAAUUAGGUUGUCUCGAAAAAUUACAAGAAUUAACUGCAAAUAAUAAUAAUUUAGAAAAUCUUCGUGAACUUGUACAACUUUUAAGUAUGUGGCCAUAUUUAAAACGACUUGAUACAAGUCGAAAUCCAAUGUGUUCAAAGUCACGUUAUCGUGAACGAUUAAUUGUUGUUUCAACAACAUUAGAAAUGCUUGAUGGAAAACAAAUUACAGAUAAUUCACGACAAUUUUUAAUGAGUUGGAAAGCAUCACGUGAAGCACAACAAAUAAGAGAAAAAUCUAAAUCUGAUUUACGUAAUAAUGGAAGUGAUCCAUUAAGUAAUGGUGUUGCUACCUCUCAUCCAAAUACUCGUUUUACUUUCGCGCUUACGCGAUCAAUGACAUUACAUCCAGCAACAGAUUAUCGUCGUAAUGUAUUCAAAGCUGAUGUUGGUCUCAUUAGAAAAAGUCAAUAUCCAAUAGGAGUCGUAGACAAUGCUCAACAAACAACAGCAGUAAGAAAAGAUAAACAUUCAGGUUUUCUUACUUCAAAUAAUUUCAAUAGUACUGAAAUAACAAAUUCAAAUCAUAAUCAUACCAUAAGUUUUCAUGAUCCAACACAACAAGCAUUUUUUAAAUGA